GAACAAGCAGAGAGCCUCUUCAACCCAUCUCAGUCGAAAGACUCUCUCAGUCUGCAAAAUUGAAAAAAAAAAAAACUGAUCGGAAUUUUUUUUUUUUGCAAAGAAAGAUCGGAAAUAAUUUAAAACACCUGUUCUCCCCACCUUCUCAUUAAUAAAAAGAACAUUAAUUCGAGUUGACGUUCGACCCAAAAUAAGCUUUCGUCUCAUCUUUCUCCCCACAACCUUCUUUUGACUUUCUUUCCCGAGACAUGAAAUUCAGAUCUCUGCAAUAAAAUGCAUGCGUAGUUACACCAUGAAACAGGCUCUAAUGGCUGGAUUUCUGCUUUUGGCACUGUUGAUGGGCUUGCUCAGUACCGGCGUGCUCGGUGUUGAAUCAACAGCUCAGGAGGCGCCAUGGAGGAUCCACACCUUGUUCUCGGUGGAAUGUCAGAACUACUUCGACUGGCAGACGGUGGGCCUCGUUCAUAGUUUCAAUAAGGCCCGUCAACCCGGUCCCUUAACAAGGCUCCUAAGUUGUACUGAGGAGGAGAAGAAGCAUUAUAAAGGGAUGGACCUUGCUCCAACUUUCGAGGUACCCUCCAUGAGCAGGCACCCAAAGACUGGAGACUGGUACCCUGCAAUUAAUAAGCCAGCAGGAAUUGUCCAUUGGCUUAAACAUAGUAAAGAUGCACAAAAUGUCGACUGGGUUGUAAUUUUGGAUGCAGACAUGAUUAUCCGGGGUCCAAUUAUACCUUGGGAACUUGGUGCUGAGAAAGGCAAGCCUGUUGCUGCAUAUUACGGGUACUUGGUUGGAUGUGACAAUAUUCUUGCCAAAUUGCACACAAAGCACCCAAAACUUUGUGACAAGGUUGGUGGCCUUCUAGCAAUGCACAUUGAUGACCUUAGGGCAUUGGCACCUAUGUGGCUUUCAAAGACAGAAGAAGUACGAGAGGACAGAGCCCACUGGGCAACCAACAUAACUGGUGAUAUUUAUGGCAAGGGCUGGAUCAGUGAGAUGUAUGGAUACUCAUUUGGUGCUGCAGAAGUGGGGCUUCGGCACAAAAUUAAUGACAACUUGAUGAUUUACCCUGGCUACAUCCCACGGGAGGGUGUUGAGUCCCUUCUCAUGCAUUAUGGAUUGCCAUUUAAGGUUGGGAAUUGGUCUUUCAGUAAAAUGGAGCAUCAUGAGGAUGGCAUUGUUUAUGACUGUGGCAAGCUCUUCCCUGAGCCUCCUUACCCAAGAGAGGUUCAAGCAAUGGAAGCCAAUCCAAACAAAAGGCGAGGACUAUUUUUGAGCAUAGAAUGUAUCAACACGUUGAAUGAGGGCCUUUUAUUACACCAUGCAUCAAGGGGGUGCCCUAAGCCAAAGUGGUCAAAAUAUUUGAGCUUUUUAAAGAGCAAGAGUUUUUCUGAAUUAACCAGACCAAGAUUUUUAACUCAUGAGACUUUGCAAACUGUCAAAACUGAGGAACAACAGCAGGGUUCUGGUGAAUCAGAAAUGAUGUAUCCAAAAAUCCAUACCAUUUUCUCCACUGAAUGUUCCCCUUAUUUUGAUUGGCAGACUGUAGGACUUGUUCACAGUUUCCAUUUGAGUGGCCAGCCUGGAAACCUCACUCGACUUCUCAGCUGUACAGAAGAAGACUUGAAGCGAUAUAAAGGCCAUGAUCUAGCUCCUACACAUUAUGUUCCAUCAAUGAGCCGUCAUCCAUUGACAGGCGAUUGGUACCCAGCAAUCAACAAGCCAGCAGCAGUCCUUCAUUGGCUAAAUCACGCAGAAAUAGAUGCAGAAUUCAUAGUUAUUUUGGAUGCUGACAUGAUAAUGAGGGGCCCUAUUACGCCAUGGGAGUUCAAAGCAGCACGUGGCCAUCCAGUUUCAACCCCAUACGACUAUCUCAUUGGAUGCGACAAUGAGCUUGCCAAACUCCACACCUGCCAUCCUGAUGCUUGUGACAAAGUUGGUGGUGUAAUUAUCAUGCAUAUAGAUGACCUGCGUAAAUUUGCACUUCUUUGGCUGCAUAAAACUGAGGAGGUCCGGGUUGACAAAGAACAUUAUGCAAAAGAUAUCACUGGGGAUAUUUAUGAAUCUGGGUGGAUUAGUGAGAUGUAUGGUUACUCCUUUGGUGCAGCAGAGUUAAAACUAAGGCAUAUCAUAAACCAUGAGAUAUUGAUUUAUCCGGGUUAUGUUCCCGAACCUGGUGUAAAUUAUAGAGUGUUCCACUAUGGACUGGAAUUUAGGGUGGGUAAAUGGAGCUUUGAUAAAGCCAAUUGGAGGAAUGUUGACUUGGUCAGUACAUGUUGGGCUAAGUUUCCAGAUCCACCUGACCCUGCAACACUUGAUUCAACUGAUGAAGACAUUCUGAAGCGUGACCAACUGAGCAUUGAAUGUGCAAAGACACUAAAUGAUGCUCUCUAUUUGCAUCAUGAGAGGAGGAAUUGCCGCAAUUCCACUAUCAAAACCACCUCAAACUGGGAAACCACAAAGGAAUCUAUGUUAAGGAAAGCUGCCAAAUUUGUUGGAAAAUCAGAUUAUAUAAGAGGUAGCCCUGAUCCAAUGACUACUACUUCACAAAUGUCAUUUAUACCUGCAGCAACUGAAUGGGUUUUUAGGUCUUUGAGGUUUUGGAUGGUUGGUAUAUGGGCUUUCUCUGUCUUGGGAUUUUUGGCAGUCAUGUCAUUGGUUCUGUCUGGCCGAAAAGGGGAAGGAACAAAGAGUAGAAUUUACAGAAACAAGAGAAGAGCAUCAUAUUCUGGACUGUUGGAUGCAAAUGGGCAUGAUAGGCAUCUUUUUAAUGCUGAAGUGAUAUCAAAGCCUUGACAUAUCUCAGAAAAUUGAACCAGGGAGAGAAAUGCUUAGGUGAUAUCUGAUUUUCCACAAAAGGAAGCAAUCAAGAGAAACUUGAACCUUUCACGGAAACGAAGCAAACAGAGUUGAGGAAGGGUAAAGACAUUUUUGAGCAAAAUCUCUCCAUCUGUGUGGAAAAAAAAGGUUCUUUCUUGUUUCAGCAGAAGUUACAGGUUCCAUCAACACCUGGUAUGAGGAGGUUCUAUUGCUGAAAGUUGGCUUCCUGUUUAUUUUAUGCUCAAUCCCAUUUUUUGAGAAUGUAUGAUAUCAAAUUCAAUCAACUUGGAAUUUAUAUGUUGACGUUUACCAGAUACAUUCACAGAUUCAAUUGCAUCCUGUAGAAUAAAUUAUAUAAGCUUGAUAUCUUUUUCAAUAA